AGCGCACUGGCCGAAGGGAGGGAGCCAGGCCUUUCAUUUUUUAAAAGUGAAACGACCAAGGAUCGUCGUUUUACACUCAGGCCGGCACCAAACAUUUGCAAGACCCGAUCCUGGGGGGUUCAAUAAUGCAAACCAAGCAUGCUGCACGUGGGAGGCGCUACUCGCAUCUGCUCCCCCACUAGCUCCUUGUAUUAUAUUGUACUCACUCAAUUGGGUUCAGUGCCUUCUUGUCUCUCUCUCUCUCUCUCUCUCUCUCUCUCUCUAUAUAUAUAUAUAUAUAAGCACGUAUGUAUGGCUGCUCCCCAAUUUGCAAGAGUCGAAAGCUAGGGGGGCUUCAAGCUUAAUUUGCAGGCUCAUAGACUCAACCUUCGAUCUCCAUCUAUUGUUGAAUCUUUGUGCUGCGGCUAAAUUGAAGAGUCAGGAGAGAGGGCGACGAUGGAGAACAAGAAAGGAGGGUGUGACGACAGCAUAGCGGGGCAGCUGUUCACGGCGGGGCUGGACAACAAGAGCAGCAGCGAGGACAGCAUAGCCAGCCAGAUCUUCUGGAAUAUCAGCAACCUCCUCCGCAAAGCCUUCUUCUCCGUCCUCUCCGUCGGCCCUGUCCCGUCCCACGUCGCCUUCAUCCUCGACGGCAACCGCCGCUUCGCCAAGAAGAACAAACUCUCCGAGGGCGCCGGCCAUGUCGCCGGCUUCCUCGCCGUCAUCAACAUGCUCAAGUACUGCUACGAGCUCGGCAUCAAAUACGCCACCAUCUACGCCUUCAGCCUCGACAACUACCGCCGCCGCCCCGACGAAGUCCAGCUCCUCAUGAACCUCAUGCAAAUCAAAAUGGAGGAGCUGAACGAGGUCAGGGGCCUAGUCAACCAGUUCGGCGUCAGGGUCUACUUCAUCGGCAACAUCCAUCUGCUGCCGGAAAACGUCCGGAAGGCGGCGGAGAAGUUGAUGGAGACGACGGCGAAGAACACCAAGGCGGUGCUCGCCGUCUGCCUCGCCUACACUUCCACCAACGAGAUCAUGCUCUCGGUGCGCCAAUCCUGCGAGGAGAAAUGGAAGAACUGCCCUGUUGCGGCGCCAGCGGAGAACGGGAUGAACGGAACGGACACCGGCGGCUGGCAGAAGGGGGAAUGCAUAGAGGUCGGGGACCUAGAGAAGCACAUGUUCAUGGCGGUGACGCCGGAGCCGGACAUACUGGUGCGGACGUCGGGAGAGACGAGGCUGAGCAAUUUUCUGUUGUGGCAGACGACGCACUGCCUGCUGUACUCGCCGUUCGCGCUGUGGCCGGAGAUUGGGUUCCAACAUCUUGUUUGGGCGGUGCUGAAUUUCCAGCGACAUCAUGCAUACUUCCAGAAGAACAAGGAGAAGGAGAAGCUGAAGAUGGCCUGAAGAGCUCAGUAGCCUUGAAGAUCGAAGUGUUUGUGGGGUUUUCUGCAACUCUUCAUCUUCAAGAUCACGAUGUAAUAGUUAAUUAGUUAAAUAAUUUCAGCAGUAGGAGAUGAGAGUCAGUGUUAUAAAGUCCUUGUACUAAUAAUGGUAACUUUUCUUCGCUUAAUCAAUUGUGCUUUGGCAGCUCUCAGGCACUGCACGUGUUUUGAUUCUCGUGAUACGCGAGCUAUAUUGGCUUUUCAGGUAUAUAUAUAUAUAUAUAUAUUAUGUUAUAUUUGAUUUGAAA